AUGGAAACAAUUCUCAGAAAACUUAGAAGAUCUAAUAAAAAAGAGGAACAUAUCGAAGAAAUAGAUGCAAUUGAUGAAGAGAGCUGGGCCCAAGCUAAAACCCUAGAUUUCGAAGACGAUUCUUAUAAUUACAAAUCUAAUACAAAAUAUAAAAAAAACAAUAAUAAAAUCGAAAAACGUGAAGAUAUACCAGAAGACAUAUAUUUAGAAAAUGAUGAAUUAGAAAAUUCAAAUAAUAAUAUAAACGAAAAUUAUUAUAUAAAUUCCAUUUCAUUAUUGAAUGAGUAUUUGCAUAAUGUUAGUACGGAUAUAACUAAGGAAUAUUAUAUAAAAAAGGGAAACAAAUAUUAUAAUAAAUAUCAGAAUGGUAAUACAAAUAGGGGAGAAUACGCUCAAAAAAUGUUCGAUAAAUGCGUAUGCGAAACGAAAGAAUAUUCUGAAAUAGACAAUGAAAUGAAUAUGCUUGAAGAAGCAUCCAUUGAAAGGAUAAAAAUAAAAAAAUUAAAUAAAAAACGUCAACAAGUCAAAGAAGUAUUAGAAGAAGAUGAUGAUAUUGACGAGGGUGAAGAUUACGAAAUUGAAGACUACGAAAUCGAAGAAGUAGAAAAUAAUGAUUAUAAAUAUAUAGAAGAUACAAUAGAAUUAUAUGAUAAAGAAAACGAUGAGAUAUUUGAGCAAAACCAAACAGAUAAUAACAAUAAUGAAAACUUGGUAGAAAAUAAAGAGGAAAUAGUAAAUGAGGCAGAAGAAGAUGAAAAAUAUGUUGAAGAAAAAUUAGAUAUAUAUACUAAUGAACAAAUAGAUAAUGAAGUAGAAAUUGCGCAUAUCAAAGGGAAAGGCAGAUGCAUGUUUACAAGAAAAGAAUUAAAUCCUGGUAAUAUAAUAUUUAUUGAAAAACCUUUAUUAAUUAUAAUUCCAAGCCUAAAUGAAACAUUAUGGGAAAUUUUAAACAAUUUAAAUAAUGAACAACCUUUUGAGUUGCCACUUAGAUGGCAUUAUGCUGCAUUGUGCACCAUAACAAUGCUUAAUGAUGAUGAUUUUAAUGCAUGUAUUGAUAAAUGGAUACCGGAACCUGACAAAGAUCCGGAUGAUGAUGUUUUCAAUGUUUUAGAUAAAGUGUGUGACAUCAAAACUACUAAAAGUGGGGGAAAGUAUUAUUAUUAUAAAAAUAAAUUAAUAGACCCCAAUAUUUACGAUCGAAUAAUACAAGUAUGGCAUUACAAUGCAUUUGGUCAUCACACAGAUUCCGAGGGUCUUGUUCUAUAUAACCGUAUUUCCAUGCUUGCCCAUAGUUGUAAUUCAACUGCUUGCUGGCAUUAUGGAGAAAAUGAUAGUUUUGUUUUACGGGCAAGAGUAAAACUAAAUGUAGGGGAUGAACUUACAAUAUCAUAUCUCGGGGAUGACGAUUUAUAUAAAUCAUCUAAUAUCAGGAGAGAAAAACUCACUAACUGGUUAUUUGUUUGCAUGUGCAAUCGAUGCUCCAAUCCUGUGGAUUACUCAAGAGGAUUUAAAUGCGCAACUUGUGGAAUAGGAACAUUUUUUAUAAAAAGUGAAUAUAAUUGUGAAACACCAAUAAUAACAAAAUGUAACAUUUGUUUAUCAGAAAUAACUGAAAGUACAGCUUUAGAGUAUAUCGAAUAUGAAAAUAGUUAUAUUGAAAGGCUUGAAGAAACAAAUAAAAAUGAUUUAGCAGAUGCACUAGCUGUAUAUAUACAAGCUGAAAAAAUAUUUACUCAACAUUGGGUAAUGUAUCAAUUAUAUACAAUAUUAUUUGAAGGAUAUCGAGACUCUUGUGAAUGGGGAAAAGCUAUAUAUUAUCAAAUGCAGAGAAUUCGAUAUGCCAUCGAAGUAAUACCUAGAGCUAAUUAUGUACUAGCUUGGCUAUACGAAGAAUUAGGUGAAGCUCAUGCUAAUUCAAUCAAUACUGGAAUAUUAGCGACAGAGGAUGAUUAUAAAAUUACCUAUGAAGAGAAAAAAAGGAUUUGCUCAUUUUUUUUAAGAUCAAUACAUUUAUUAGAAAUAUUAUGUGGAUAUUCUCACGAUUACCUAAAGGAUUCAUUAAACAAAUACUAUAGAAUUGAAGGAUUAACUGCUACAGACGCAUUGCAAACAGAUGAAUAA